AUGGCUUUCGCUGGCGUAUCCCUCGUCGCAGACGGCAGGCUGUGCGACCUAACCACGUCGCCCAUCGACGCCCGCGCGGACAGAGGGUACCACUUGCUCGUCGUCGAAGGCUACACGCGUAGCAAAAACAAGCCAUCAAACGGGGAGUACAUUAAGUCUCGUCCUUUCCUGGUUGGAGGCCAUCGCUGGCGUCUCUAUUACUACCCUAAUGGCUAUAAGGAGGAUGAUAAAGACUUCAUAUCAGUCUUUCUUGCCCUUGAUGACUAUGUGGAGGGACAGGAAGUGAAUGCUCAGGUUGUCUUCAGUUUUAUUGACCAGCCUGAGUUGCAAAUGUCAACACGUCUCCGUAAAAUAAGAACAUUUCAUCGUGGUGAUGGAAAACCAAAACUCAUUAGAGGGGACAACUUGGAAACAUCGAGACAUCUUAAGGACGAUAGCUUCGUUAUCCGCCAUCUCAGCGACCUUCUCCUGUCCGACGUGGGCGCUGACAUUACAUUUGAGGUUGGCGGCGAGACGUUUCCUGCUCACCGGUGCGUGCUUGCAGCCCGAUCUAGCGUUUUCAAGGAACAACUCUUUGGUGGCACUAGUAUGACCAAGGCCAAUAUAGUAGAGAUAAAUGACAUGGAAGCGAAAAUUUUCUAUGCAUUACUUGUUUUCAUCUACACUGACUCGUUUCCAGACUGGGAUUGGCUUGAAGAUGAAGCAGACGAAUCAGGAGAAGAGUUAGACGAUGAUGAAAAUGAUGAAGCGACUAAUCAGUAUGUAAAAUGGCUGCUGCACUUGCUUGAAGCUGCGGAUAGGUAUGACCUCCAAAGGCUCAAGUCGAUCUGCGUAGAGGAGUUGGUCCAAUACAUAUGGAUGGACACGGUGGCAGACAUUAUUGUUGUGGCUGAGCGGAGACAGUGUCGCUUGUUGAAGGAUUCGUGCGUGGAGUUCAUCAAAUCUAAUUCAAGACUGUAUACGGCUUUCACGGUUGAUAGCUUGGACCAGAUCAUCAAAACCUGCAGCCCCUCCGUUCUAAAUGAGCUCCUCUACAAGCUACCUAAACUUCUCAAAGGACAUAUCGGAGCCCUGAUAUCAUAG